AGUGUACUCUGACGAGUUAAAUUACUUACCAUAAGAUCAUUGAUGUAUGAGCAAUGUACAUUUCCAAACUUCAAUUUCUUCAAUCAGCCAAGAUUAUGUUCUACUUGGGUAAGGUUGGAGUACCGGUGGGAGGCAGCCACAUAAUUUUCACCGCUGUUCUCGGACGGCCAGGGCCGUCCAAAUUCGUCUCGUUGUCCACCCUCUACCGCGAUUCCAACAUCAACUCUAUACUAAUUUCCUGGUUCGUAGCAUGUCUGAUCCGCAGACAUAGUCACGUCGAGCUUUUGCGUGGGCAGACGCUCUGGCCAGCCCUGGAGGCGUCCCGCGUGCCCAUCUUCGGUAGCGUCGCGUACGCUGCGGAUGUUAUAUCUGGCGUCGCGGCGCCCUCGAGCUUCAGCCGCUCCUCAGCCGUCCGUCGAUUCACAACUCACCCCCACGGUUAG